AUUCACUCCUAUGCGAAGAUGGCGUCCGGCAGCGGGACAAAAAACUUGGACUUUCGCCGAAAGUGGGACAAAGAUGAAUACGAGAAACUCGCGGAGAAGAGACUCACGGAAGAGAGAGAAAAGAAGGAUGGAAAACCAGUGCAGCCAGUCAAGCGGGAGCUUUUGCGACACAGAGACUAUAAAGUGGACUUGGAAUCCAAGCUUGGGAAGACAAUUGUCAUUACCAAGACAACCCCACAGUCUGAGAUGGGAGGAUAUUACUGCAAUGUUUGUGACUGUGUGGUGAAAGAUUCCAUCAACUUCCUGGAUCAUAUUAAUGGAAAGAAACGUAAGGAAGAAAAGGCUAAAGCAUACAAGAAAGAGAAGCAGAAGGAGAAGAAAAGGAGAGCGGAGGAGGACUUGACAUUUGAGGAGGAUGAUGAGAUGGCAGCUGUGAUGGGCUUCUCUGGCUUUGGUUCCACCAAGAAGAGUUACUGAGCCUUUCUGUGACGGGCCUAAUUUUGGCCUAUGCUGGACCUAACUGUGUGUGUGUAUGUUAGGGGGUGGGGUCAUUCCUUUUGGAUACUGGGGAAAGUCCUUUAGAGUGUUAAUGGCAGGACUAGAGGGUGGGUGUUUGUGGUUUCCCUCUACCUUAGGGGAGGGCACAGGAUACAGAGGUAAUGCUGCUGUGCAUUCCUUGUACGUUAGUUUGUCACCGGAGUUACAAGACCUCUUCCCAUCUGAGUUCCUGAUAAAUGAAGACAUCUCCAUCAGAGGCUGCUCUCCAGAAACUUCCCCUGCAUCUUUCCCUCUUCAUCUAUCCAACCUCUUGUCUGAGCAUCCCAGUUUUUUCCUAUGUUCUGCCUUUGUUUAAAUUUUAACUCUUGUUAGCCUGUAACAGAAGGGAUCUGAUCAGAUCCUCCUUUUGCCAUUCUUCUCUAUGGUUCUUUGCCACCUGUGCAUGCAUGUGUACUUCUGCCUGGGUCAGUGGUGUGUGUGGAAAUGUGUGCAUGAAUUUGUCACAAAGAGGGGGCCUGAGCUGGAAUCUCAGAGCAUUGCUGCCCUGGGGCCUGAUGUUCUCGGUUUCCUCAGCGCAUGUAACAGGCAAUUAAAUGGGAUGAGUGGUGUGGUUUGUGUCUGGUGAGUUUUUUAACAUUGUUCUUUUGAUGUGGGCUGUUUCAGCUUUUCCUGUUUGUUUAACUUUACUGAGGAUUUUUCUGUUUUGUCUUCCUUGUGAGCAGGCUCUUGGAAGACCUGUUUGAUGCAAAGGAAGAAAAAAAAAGAAAUGAAACAACAAAACAAUACAACCCUCCCCCACACACACCCCAAAAAACCCCCCAAAAAACCAAACAAGCUUGCUAUGGGAAUCCUUGGGUCUCAGAGGUAUACAACAUAAUAAAUGACAGACUGGGCCUGUUUUACAUUUGA